CAUUGGCAUUUGAUCAAUGAAAAAAGAGUCCAUCCAGUAGAACUGGCAUCACUGUAGUUGUGCUGUUUAGUUGCAGACGAAGCAACUGUUGAUCAGUAUUUUGGUUUUUACAUUUUAGAAAUGGAAUUUCAAGAAAACAUUCCGGGAUGCACAUUAGACGAAAUUGCUCUAGAAGGACUCGAAGGACUGACUAUUUCCACACUGUGGAUCCGAUUAAAUAAGCGAAAGAAUUUCCCCAUUGCCUUAGAUGAUCAAUCUAAACGCUUCAUCUGGAAAAUUAUUUUUGUCAUGACUAAUGUCUUGGAGCAGCACAAAAAGCCGAUCCAAAUCUCCAAAGUUUUGAAAUGUGUCCAGGCUGCCAAAUGAGUACACCAAUUUAACUAUCACAAAUCAGUAAAUGUUCCCGGUAUGGCAGGCAAUGGAGACAAAGAAGACAAUGUGGAGAAACUUGAAAAAAAUGAAGUAAUUUCGUUAGUAAAGCAGAGAACCAAAUCAAUUGUUGAAGCGCUUGAAAACUAUCGAGAGCUUUAACAAUCGGUGAGUAUCUCAUUCUGUAUCUCUGUCAGUGUUGUUCAGUCAGUACCUACGUCAGUGUUUGUCAGUUAAUCUCUGCCAGUUAAUAAAAUGCUGCUUCUCACUUCAA